AUGCCCAAGCGCGAACCUUACCUACGCCCCCAACUCGCCCACCACGUCUUGACCAAGUCAUUCGUCAGGUCGUGGGACGACGGCUCGCACGCUGCGCGACCGAGUUUGAUCGAGCUGAUGAAGGACCAGAAGGGCGAGGUGGACAAGGACGUGACGGAGGUGAGGAAGUGCAAGUAUGAGAUGGACAUGGUCGAAACUUCCGUCACCAAGCUGCGGGAGAUUGAUCAGAAGACCAACGGCUCUGUCUGGCCUGUCUGGCAGUGCUGGAACUUCAAGAACGAAAUAAAGCAGCUGCAGGACGAGAUGCGCCAUGCCAGAGACAACGAGAUGCAAGAGCUGGUUAAACAGCACCGUCUUGCCGAGCACAACUUGCACGAAUGGAGGGCGAUCCGGGACGAGCGGUUCGAGGGUCCGGCCGCGCGCAAGGUUGCGGACGAGAUAUGGCAGCAGGUUGAUCAUGCGUACGACGCGAGAUGGGUCGUCGUCAAGCUCCACCAGCAACGAGAGGGAGAGGCGGAAAGGUGCCGCGACGAAGCCAAGCGCAAACACUUGCUCACGCGACUCGCCACGAUUGCCAACGUUAUCCACUGGACAGAAUACAUCAUUGGCGACGCCGAGCACGAUCAUUCGUCAAUCUGGAAGCGGGUCAAUGGCGCGCCAUCCCGUACUCCUUCGCCUCCUCCCGGUCUUGCGGGCGAGCCGCAGCUGGCCGGCCACUCUAUCACCCUCUCUUACCGCCCGCACGAUAGCCUGCCGGAGGCGCCCGAGCCGCCGGCUGGUUCCGGGCUCGAGCGUCCGCCUUCGCGUCACGGACGGCAUGAAGAGGCUGAGAGCGCAUUGGGCAAGGCGGGACGGUACAGGAUGAGGAGGAGGUAUUUUGGCGAGAGGUAUUGA